AUGUUCUUCCCAGUCAGACCUAACAAUACCCCUCGUUCCUCCAAGACCUCGAAGAACUGGAAGCAACGUCCCAAGCGGUCGUCCCAGUUGUCCCAGGUCCGCUCCACCCCCCGCGACCCAACCAAGGAUCCUGAGCCCGACGAAUCCACGGCUCGGUCUGUUUCCGCCUCGACCUCCCUCAGCGACCCCCCACGUCGCCGGUCCUCGAUGCCGGGAGUCGACAUUGACACUGUGAGCCGGUCGGGGACGGCCUCCUUCCUUGAGUCCAGAACCAGCCUACCCUACCCGUCCUUCUCCAAGGCGCAUAGCAAGGAGGAUGUUCGCACCAAGCAGAACAUCCCUACCCCCGACCCGACCGAUCUGACUGAGGAUAACCACGAUGGCGGGAAGGAGAAUAGGGCGAGCAAUGGGCAUACUGACAAUCAUCACGCCCCGCCAAGUCCGCCAUUGACGGGCCUUGACCAGCCCGCCUCUCGCAAGGGCACCCCGGAUGAAGAGCAGGGAAAGGAGCCGAAAGAGAAGAGCUCGGAAAAAGUGAAGGCUAAAAAGUCGACUAUCAAGAUACGGACGAGUGAUGUGAAUCGUUCCACUUCCAGCCUUCGGUCCAAGAAAGACGAGGGAAGCAAAUCCAGUAAAACGGCAAGGGCCGAUUCAACAAAAUCCAAGUCCUCCAAACAUGAUGAGCCAUCACGUACCAGCCACCGGUCAUCCAAAUCCAAAGCGAGUGAUGAGAAGAAACCGAAGAAGCGAUCGAGUCGCUCUACCAUGUCGCCUUCCCGUUCAAAUAACACCUAUAUCCCUCCUCGAAAAUCCACCACGCCGCCCGCUAAGCCGCCAUCCCGCAGUCAGACUCGCUCAGCCGCAUCGCAUCGCCAUACCCCGAGUGAUGAAUCCCUCGAAUAUGGACGACACGUUGCGCCCGGCCCAGCGUAUGGGGCACCUCCGCCCCCUCCCCGCCGCCUCAAGUCCCCGUCACUAUUCCCAGGGUGGACUAUCUGCUGCAGCACGGGGGGGCUUGACGCGAAGGUUCCGCGGACAUUACUUGCUGGGCCGUUUCCAUCGGAUCCUUUUGCGCAGUCUGCCACCCAGCCCCAGCAAGCUGCAGCUCGAGUGUUCGAGCCUUUCAACCGCCUGCUGGAUGAUUACUCGAAAGUAAUGAGUAAAAAUGGGUCGAUUGCGGUUGCCACUGGAUAUCGCUCCGUCGCGCGACGGCUCCUUGACCGACUAGAGGCUGUUUUUGCACGAGACAUCUCGUCGGAGCCUUGCAGCUGUCUUAUGUGCGAGCGCGAGGAUAUCGAAGAACGUCCGGAAGGCGUCCUAGAGCUGGUUUCGGGACGACGAGAGCUACCCGCCUGGCCUCCAUUUGUAAUGGCACCCACUACGGUCGAUAUGGGUCUCGGUGAAGAACAUGUUCCUAUGCAGAAGCUUGAUGUUGAUGUUCCCGAAGAAUAUCGCGAACAUUUCAUCCGUCAGUCUCGAAAAACCAAAGUGGCGGUCGACAAGUGGCUCUCCGAACAACCUGACCAAGCGAGUAGCGCCGCGCCCGAGGAGGUAGACGAUGAGACGCUGACGUUUGCGAUGUUGACUCACCUCGAAUCAUGGCAACGAUCUCUCUUUUGUGCCUUGCUUGGAAUCAACUCUUCCACUCCUGUUCCACGAGCGCGUUCUGCCGUGGACGGUGUGAUGCCCGAAAAACCCCCGGCGCUCGUCUCAUCAGCUCACGCCAUUCAACGCCUCUACCGACUUCCAACUCUCCCUCGAGACCCCGAGACUGCCAUGUUCAUGCUCAAUCACCACGAGCUCCACCAUGUCCUCGCCACCCUGGCCGCAAUCAGUGACGAUGAGUGGGAAAUCUUGAUCUCCGGUCGAUUCGAUGGUUUCCUUCGCAGCGGUGCCGAAGACGCAGCUCCUCCCAGUCGUUGGCCUGGCAGUCGGUCCACCACUCCUUACAGCCCCGGCGGAAUAUCGCGCGGUGCUACCCCGAACUACAUGGACAGCAGCUUCCGCCCUUCCAGCCAACCCAGCGGUGGACCCUCAUCCCCGGCCCAUGGCGGACCGAUCUCGUUGGACGAGGAAACCGAGAUUCAAGUCCUGGCCGAGAUCGAGCGCGACGUCUUCCAGGGUAUGGAGGCCUUGGAGGAUGCCUUCGAAGCCCUUCAUCUCAAAGCUGAGAUGGUGCGCCGAGCCCUUCGCGAACGUGGUGCCGGCCUCUCCGUCGCCAACCAAAGCCGCCGGGGAUCCUACGUUGAAGCCCGCAUGGGCACUCCUUUCUCCGGCGUCGGUGUCUGGGAAAGCGGAACCGAAGACGACUUCCUCGACGACGACCGCUCCCUGGCCCCCGACGACUCGGCCAGUAACAUCAGCUCGAACCGCCGCCGACGCCCGAAGCGGCGUACCGAGCGACGAACGCCAGCGCCUGUCGAAGAGGAGGAUGAGGGCGAGGAAGUUCACGACCCGCGCCGCGACUCGCGGAAUCCUCGACGGAGGUAG